AAAAUGUCAAAACCCUAAAAUAAACAAAAUCCCCAAUUCUCUCAAUUGAAACUUGUUCCUCUGUGAUUUCAUCCCUAACAAAAUUUUGUUUGUUGUAGUGAAAUAAUGGAUGAAUCCCGUGUUUUGAUUGGUCCUACUAGUGGUAGUGGAGAUGGUGUAGGACGUUUAUUGUCACUCCCACAUCCAAAAUCAGGGAAGAAGACGUGCUAUCUUCUUAAUAAUGGAAUGCUCCAAGAACUUCACUGCUUCAAACAGCCUUACACUUCUUGGUUUCUUGGCGAUUAUGUUUCUCAAGAUGGCAGCUUGUAUUCUGCCACCCCAGUUGAUCCUGUCUUUGUUUUGCUGCCUAUUUUUGAGGAAGCCAGAAUGAAGAAGGGAGAUGACCUUGGGAAGUUCAGACAAUUGGAUGAGAUACUCUUUAUUCAGAACUAUUCUGGAUAUCAUCAUUUAAUACCAAUCGCACACGACUCUAUGCAACUAGUGUGUGAAAUUAAAGAAAUUGGCUCCUCAAAGUUUUUCCGUCUUGAUGAUUCAAAGGCUUUUGCUUGGUUGCUCUGUAAGGUCUCCCAGUUAAAACAGGCUCUACCCUCAUUGGACAAAAAUUAUGCUGCUCAAGAUGAGAACAAUACUUUAGCUGAUGCUGUUGCGAUAUUAGGAGAGUACUUGAAGGAUGAGCCAUGGUUGAAGCUUUUGUGCAAUCAUUUGCAAUUGAAUUUACCGGAGGCAACUAAAAAAGUAUCAAAUGCCGAAACUUCAUUGACUGAAAAUAACCCAGCAUCUGGAAAUUUCAUGCCGGAAAAGGAUAAAAGUGACAGCAAAACUAAGAGAACCAGCCAAAGAGGUAAAAAGGCUAAAGUUGAGACCGAAUCUCAAAACAUCAGAGAAAUGUUUACCAGAGCCUCUAGGAGAAGAUGAGCCGAUGUUAAUGGUGUUAGGGAAAAAUUGACGGCUGGGAUAGUAGUGAUUUUGAAAUCAAAACUCGGGGAGUUUUUGAACCGAAAUUGAUUCUUAAGGACGGUGGUGAUGCAAGGCUCCAAAGUCGGGGAGCAUGGGUAAAUUUAAGCCCCAAAUACAUGAAAGGAAAAAAAAGUCACAAUUCUUUAUCAAGGCCAUCCAUCUUUCUUGAUUUUUAGGGUAAAGGGUAAAUUCAAUCUCUGAACUUGUAAUUUGGGAUUAAAUGAAUCACUUUUAGCCUUGAUAAUUAAUUGAGGGGUCAAUUAAAGACAAAGAUAGGUCAUCCCGAUCCUUGAACUUGUUCGUAUUGUAUGUUUUAGCUUUUAUUGAUCAAAAUGGUUGAAAGUGAAUUA